GGAGAACCAAAGUGGCUUUAACUGCAGAUCAACUCCAGUAAUCCUCCCUGGUCCAGAUCCAGACUUCCCAGACCUUCCAACAUGUCGUUCAGCUCCAGAUCCUACAGUCAGAAGACCCUGAGUGUCUAUGGUGGAGCAGGUGGCCGCGGCACCCGCAUCUCCUCCUCCCAGAUGAGCUACGCACCAUCCUCUGGAGGCUUCAACCUGUCUGAUGGCCUGGACCUCCACGUUGGGGCCAAUGAGAAGGCCACCAUGCAGAACCUGAACGACCGUCUGGCCUCCUACCUGGAGAAGGUGCGCAACCUGGAGAAGGAGAACGACCGCUUGGACAAGCAGAUCAGAGACUGGUACCAGAGCAGGGUUGUCACCACCCACGACUACACUCAUUACUUCACCAUCAUUGACGACCUGAAGGACAAGAUUCGUAUCGCCUCUAGGCUCAAUGCUAAGACAGUCCUGGACAUCGACAAUGCAAAAUUGGCUGCCGAUGAUUUCAAAAUGAAGUAUGAGAACGAGCUAGCCAUGAGGAUGGCCGUGGAGGCGGACAUUGCUGGACUGAAGAAGGUGCUGGAUGAGAUGAACCUGGCCAGAAUGGAUCUGGAGAGCCAGUAUGAGGCCCUGAAGGACGAGCUCAUCAUGCUCAAGAGGAAUCACCAAGAGGAGAUGGCUCUGCUCAGAAGUCAGAUGAGUGGACAGGUCAAUGUGGCUGUGGAUGCUUCUCCAUCCACAGACCUGAACCAGGUUAUGUCAGAUAUCAGGGAACACUAUGAGAGCAUGAUCGGCAAGAACCGCAAGGAACUUGAGGCGUGGUACCAGAACAAGCUUGCAGCAGUUGAGCAGGAUGUGAUCACACACUCAGAGUCUCUGGUGACGACCCGUACAGAGAUUAAAGAUCUGAAGAGCACCCUCCAGAGACUUCAGAUUGAACUGCAGUCCCAUUUAAGCAUGAAAAGUUCAUUGGAGGGCACCCUGGCAGAGACUCAGGCACGCUACGCUGCACAGCUAGCAAGCCUCCAGAACAUGGUCACAAGCCUGGAGUCUCAGUUGUCUCAGCUCCAUGCCAACAUCGCCAGCAACAAGCAGGAGUACGACAUGCUGCUGGACCUGAAGACCAGGCUAGAGUUGGAGAUUGCAGAGUACAGGAGGCUGUUGGAUGGGGAGGAUGACAGUUCAAAACAAGUGGUCACAAAGGUCAUCACAGUGGUGGAGACAGUUGUUGAUGGAAAGGUGGUCGAGAGCAGCAAGACUGUUGAUGUGGAUGUGGAUCAGAUUGAAUGAUUAAUGAGAAGCAAAAAUCAAUAAAGAUCGUGCAGUUGAAUUAAA